UGGUUAAAAACAUACUGUGUUAACGUCAUCCUGUGUGUGGAGUGGCGUUGGUCCAGCCGUUGGCUUUUCACCCGUCUUCAAGCCAUCAGUCUUUCUUUUAGUCGAGAUGAGUGAUAAGCCAGACUUGUCUGAAGUGGAGAAGUUUGACAGGUCAAAACUGAAGAAAACCAAUACUGAAGAAAAAAAUACUCUCCCUUCACAGGAAACUAUCCAACAAGAGAAAGAGUGUGUUCAAACAUCAUAAAAUGGGGAUCUCCUCCCAACAGCAAAUUUCAACAUUGCUUAAGUGUCUUAGUUUGGGGCUUGUUUUUUAUAAACCUAUGUGUUUGUAGAGAUUUUAGGCAUCUUCUGAUUUCUUCCCACCUGUAUUCCCAGCCAAUGGUCCCUUUUUAAAAUUUUCCAUUGAUACAUACAUUCCAUCUGGCA